AUGAGCGAUUCGGAGGACGAAGAGGCACAAUUGCUCGCCGCAGACGGAUUUCCAAAGUAUUACAUGAAGAAACCGGCGGGCGGGGAUCCAUUCGAGUACGCGAGACCGCCGGAAAAGAGGCAGAGACGGACGGAGAAGGAGAGACAUGCGGAGACCGUUUUGGCAUGGGUACGCUUGCACACAACUUCAAUAAAAGUCUGGAAAACACGGCGACACGGUUUUGGAGCGAAAUUCAAAUUUCAAAUUACAUUUCGUGUUUUUUUUUGCCAAAUUCGUCGCGAAAAUUCGAUAAUUUCUCAUUUGUGCCUCGAUAGAACGCGUCAAAUUUGGUCCAUUUGAAGUUUUUCCGCUAAAACUGCGCGAAUUUGUGUUGUUCGAGCGCUCUAAACGUUUGUCGCUUUUGACCACAAAAAUUCGCGCGAAGGAACUGUUUCCAUUCUUCAAAAAUGCACUGAUCGUCGGACUCCUGGUCUUCCAUCGCCGGGUCUUCCGGGCCGUUCGGCACGACUGUCGCGACCUCACUUUUCCGAUGGCAAAGGUUAGCUUUUUUGCUGUAAACGCUUGAAAAAUAAAGUUGUGUGUAGUACAACAUUGUCCUGGACUUUUGACUCACUUGCAAUAUUCCGAUUGGACCCACGUUUUGCAGGCUUCUUGGACUUGGAUUGAAGUAUAUUGGGUCCAAGUUUCAGACCGAUCGGAUCAUCCGCUCCCGAGAUAUGUGGAUCAUUGGCCUGUUCGGCCAAACUCGGCCUUCAAGCACGAGUUCUCGAGAGUAAAUGAUCCGAUCAGGCUGAAACUUGGGCCCAAUAUACCUUCAUCCAAGUCCAAUAAGCCUGCAAAGUUUGGGCCCGCCUGGGCCUCAAAACGUCUAUUGCCCAGCCCUGCAAAAAAAUCCAAAUUUUUUGUCAGACAGUCAUCCGGAUCCUCUACUUAAUUCUGCUCGUCCUCCUCGCCUUCCUCACUUUCUACCGAAUCGAUUAUUUGCUGGAAGGACCAAUGUUUCGGGAGCGGAACGCGCAAGAGUUCCACGCGCAACUGCGAAAAGACAUCUUCCAACUGAUAAAUCAAUUUUUCUGGCCACUCACUUUUCUGUUGGGCCGACCACUUCGCUACGAUUUUAUGAAUACGACUGGAGAAUAA